AUGGCCUCCACCUUCUCAGUCUGCCGUCUUCCGGCCGCGCUCGCCCGUCGCCAAUCCCGUGUUCUUAGCACUUCCAAGCGCCUGAACUCCACCUCCGCCCCUCAAUUCCAGAACCCCGCCUACCCUCUGUAUCCCUCCGUCACCCAGCUCCUCCAUGAAAAAGGCAUCCCGGAGUCCGAAGUGUCCAAGAUCCCCGCGUCCGGCCCCAAGGGUCGUCUCCUGAAGGGCGAUGUCCUCGCCUACCUGGGCGCCAUCCCCGCCUCCUACCCUUCUGAGCAAGCAGCCCGGAUCGACAAGCUCGCUCACCUCGACCUGAGCAACAUCAAGAUCGCCGCGCCCGUCAAGCCCGCGGAGCCCGCCCCGGCCGUGGAAGAGAAGCCCGUUGCUCGUCCCCCGCCGACCACCUCCGUCGCCGUCUCCAUCUCCCUGGCCGCCGUGCUGUCCGUUCAGAAGAAGAUCCAAGAAUCCCUGGGUACCACGGUGCCGCUGUCGACGUUCCUCGCCCGCGCUACCGACCUGGCAAACGACGACCUGCCCCGCUCUUCUCUCGAGAAGCCUUCCGCUGAUGAGCUGUUCGACGAGCUCCUCGGUGCUCAGCCUAUCAAGUUCUCCCGGGGAGAGUACAUCCCUGAGUUGAAUGCCGAGGAGGCCCGGCCGGUGCAGAAGAAGCAGAAGGUGGAGGAUGAUCUGAUUGAUUUCUUGGCUGGAAAGGUUUCCAAGAAGGCUGUUGCUACUGCGAAGAGUGUUGUCGAGCCGGCCGCGAAUGUCUUCAGCCUGACUGUUCCGGUUGAGGAAGAGAAGAGGGCGAAGGUUUUCUUGGACCGCGUGAAGACCUUGUUGACUGUUGAGCCUGGCAGGCUGGUUCUAUAG